AUGGGCGGCAUUGUCGUUCGAAGUAUUGCUGACGUGGUGUUCCCCGCAAGACAGAUUUGGGUCACCGACCUUGAUAGCACCCUCGUCCAGCAGCUCUGUGAUGAAAAAGGCACCAACGAUGCAGGUAAUAUUGCUGGCUUGGUAGAAAAAGCAGAUGCUAUCUUCUGUGCAGUACCACCAGCGGCUGUCCCCAACAUUCUACCACAAGUUACGCACAAUUUAUCAGCACCACAAUGGCUCAUAAGCAUUGCAGCAGGUGUUACGACCACAACACUUGAAUCUUACUUUGACACUGCACCACCCAUUGUUCGGGUGAUGCCAAACAUCUCGGCAGCAGUCGGGGCUGCAAUAUCAGUACUAACACCUGGUACUGUAGCGAAUGAAACACAUCUUGAAAUCGCACAGGAAAUUUUCAACGCCUGCGGCACCUCUCUAAUUAUGGAUGAACGUCAUCUUGAUGCUGUCACAGGCGUGAGUGGCAGCGGACCAGCUUAUGUCGCCCUCUUCGUAGAAGCACUCGCUGAUGCAGCGGUACAUGUCGGUAUAUCUCGGGCGGAUGCCCAGAAACUCGCAAUCCAUACCGUGUUAGGUGCUGCUACUAUGUUAGCCGAAACGCAAGAGCAUCCAGCGGUACUCAAGAAUCGUGUUACGACACCUGGCGGAACAACUGCUGCUGGACUUCACGCAUUAGAAUGCGGUGGCUUACGAGCAACGCUCACAGAAGCCAUUCUUGCUGCGACGGAACGAGCGAAAGAACUCGGCAACGCAUAA